UGGUCAAUGAGCUAUGUUUUGAUUUUUCAUAUGUUGUAGCUAUUAUUUAAAUAAUCUCUUGAGCAUUUUCUACUCUAACCGAAAUAGGUCAAACUGAAUCAAAACUAAUGUGAUAGCUUAUUUCAUUAUUAUCUUUGAUAAAUACAAAUUAAAACAUUAGGUAACGUAAUGUAGACAAACAAAAUUUACUUUUCCAUAUUACUUUCGAAAACUACAAGAUGGAAGAAGAAUUGAGAUGUUACGUGUGUAAAGAGUUCUACAGAGAGCCUGUUUUGUUACCUUGCGGACACGCACUAUGUCGGCUUUGUGCAGUUAAUUUACAAACUCAUGUUCCUGAGGCAGAUAAUGCAUCGGCGUCAGCAUCUGACUAUCAAGAAGCAGACAAAGCCUCUGUCUCUAGCGAAACUGAUAGUGGAGUAGUUUGUGGUUCUAGGCCCAACAGCUAUGCUGGGACACCAGCUGCACCAAUUUACCCAUCCACAGCAUUUAGCCUAUCUUGCCCCAUAUGUAACAAGCAAAUUUAUAUGGAUGACAAUGGUGCUGAAGGUUUGCCACCUUUCCGUGUUAUGCGGACUAUUGUUGAACGAUUUGGUGGUGUAAACAUUGCACCACCUGCUGAAGAAGCAUGUCAGAUGUGUGAAGGAGAAAAACGUGCUGCUGUAGUGCGAUGUGAGCAAUGUUCUGUGAGGUACUGUGCUAAUUGUAGAGAUGCUUGGCAUCCAAUUCGAGGACCACUUGCCCAACAUGAGUUACGAGCAUUGGGAACAACUUGUGGUGAUCAUGGAGCUACUCCUGUACUAUAUUGUAAUACAUGUCUUAUACCAAUUUGCCAAAGGUGCCUUGCUGAAAAACAUUCUCAACAUGAAACACAGCCUCUAUCAAAUGCAGCUAGAGCUCACAAGACUGAUCUAUCCCAAUCUUUGACACAACUGUCUGAAGAAGCAAAGGCUGUUACGGAGUAUAUUCAGUUAGUUAAGGGAUCUGGGGACAAAGUAAAUGAAUCCUGUGAAGAAUUAGAAAGGCAAAUUGAUCAAGCAUGUGCAGAAAUAACUCGUGCUGUUGAAAGACGACGAGAUGAAUUAGUACGGGCAGCAAGAAAUACAAGAUCACAGGCGGCAACAAACAUGCGUACCCUGACAGCUCAUGCUGCACAAAAAUUGAGAGAAGCAACUGCUCUGCUACACUUCUCAAUUGAAGCACUAAAGGAAACUGAUCAUGCUGCCUUUCUUCAGGUUGGUAACAUCUUAGCCGCACGUGCACAAGAUACAGCGAGUGGCCUCCGUGAGUCUCUUGAGACACCGCCCUCACCAACCGCUCUUACACUCGACAUUGAGCCUGUAUUACGUACAGUCAAGACUAUGAACUUUAUCGAAUGCAUAUCCCCGGAAAAGGAAAUGAAGUCUUCAGCGCCAGGAGCCCCUGAAAUGGCCGUUGAAGCGUGCGCGGCGCGUGGUUGUUCGUGCACGUUAGCGUGGCGGCCGCCCGUCGCACCGCACGCCGUUCGGGGAUAUAUAUUGGAACUGGACGAUGGCUUAGGAGGACUAUUUCGAGAAGUGUACUGUGGCCGUGAAACAGUGUGUACAAUUGAUGGUCUCCAUUAUGCGUCAUUAUAUAGUGCCAGAGUAAAAGCAUUUAACGGGGCUGGUGAAGGGCCGUAUAGCGAAGUUAUCGGACUACAAACGUCACCAGUGGCGUGGUUCUCAUGGGACGCGCGAUGCGCUAGCGGCGAAGGGGUGUCUGUGUGCGCCGAAGGCCUAAGCGCUCGGGCCGCUGGCUGGCAGCCCCGAGUCGUGUUGGCCGAUCAGCCGUUAGCUCGCGGCGUGCAUUACUGGCGCCUUCGAAUCGACCACUACGAUGGGGACGCUGACCCCGCCUUCGGGAUCGCGAGAGCUGAUGUUGCUAAAGAUAAAAUGCUAGGUAGCGACGCUCUGGGCUGGGCUAUGUACAUAGACGGUUCUCGGUCUUGGUUCGUGCACGGCGGGGCUCACGGCGGUCGAGCGCCUGGGGGCAUCGCCCCUGGAUCCACCGUGGGCAUUUUACUAGACCUCACGAGGGGCACACUACGAUUCACCGUCGAUGACCAGCCACAGGGCGACAUAGCAUUUACAGGCCUUCGUGGUGCGUUUUACCCAGCUGUGUCACUAAAUCGUGGCGUAGCUGUCACAUUACAACCAGGUCUGCCACCACCGCCUGAUCUACUUAUCUCCACUCUUGCCAUAGAAUAGAUUAAUACAUAAAUUAAUAUAAUUGUACAAAUGACUGAAAAUAUGUAGGAUUAUUAAAAAAUAAAGCAAAAUAUUGGUAUAAACAACCACUAAAUCAUCGCUGUUUGUGGAGGUUAGGUUUGGUUAUGUUUUUAUAGCGAAAUAUGGCUUCCGUAUGUCAAAUAUAAUAAGUUUUUUACAUAUGGGAAUCACACUUAACGCUGUGCCUGAAUCUUAGCCUAAGCGGGAACUAACGCUGUCAGCUGUCAAAACUUUAUGACCAUUUGACAGAUGGGAGUGUUGCUUGUCUCUGAAUUUUACUCUUCAAGUUGUGAAAUCGUUGGUAAUUAAUACUAAAGAAAAUCGAUUAUGACCAUUUCCCAUAUAGUUGACAAAGUGGUAUGCUCUACUGGUAAAAACUUAAAAUAGCUCCAGAGACAUUAUAAAGCGUUGGUUUAUGUGCAACGAGCUAAUUGCUUUACUUUAUAAUAAAUCUACACAAAUUUUGAAUUGUUUAAUCUUAAUGUUAUUUAUAACAAUUUGAAAUUAUUGUUAAAAAAAAUUCAACGAAUAAUUGCUUGGAUUUCAAUGCGUUUAUAGGUCGGUUAUCGAAAGCUGGUGGGUUCACAGUACUCACACUAAUGCAAUUUCACAUACAGUAUGUUUAAAAAUAUAACUUUUUUGCCAAG